AUGUCAAAAAUUAUCGACACAGUUGCUAAGGUUGCUUUACCUAUUGGUAUUGUAGUCAGUGGUAUUCAAUUUUCCAUGUACGAUGUUAAAGGUGGUUCGAGAGCAGUUAUCUUUGACAGAAUUUCUGGUGUUAAACAAAAUAUUAUUGGUGAAGGUACACACUUUUUGAUUCCAUGGUUACAAAAAGCUAUUAUCUAUGAUGUUAGAACGAAACCAAAGAGUAUUGCAACUAAUACAGGUACCAAGGAUUUACAAAUGGUUUCAUUGACUUUGAGAGUUUUGCAUAGACCAGAUGUUGUCCAAUUACCAACUAUUUAUCAAAAUCUAGGUCUAGAUUAUGAUGAAAGAGUUUUACCAUCUAUUUCUAAUGAAGUUUUGAAGGCAAUUGUUGCCCAAUUCGAUGCUGCUGAAUUAAUUACUCAAAGAGAAGUUGUCUCUGACAGAAUCAGAGCAGAAUUGGGUAGAAGAUCUAAUGAGUUUGGUAUUAGAUUAGAAGAUGUUUCCAUUACACACAUGACUUUUGGUAAUGAAUUUACAAAAGCUGUUGAAUUAAAACAAAUUGCUCAACAAGAUGCUGAGAGAGCUAAGUUUUUAGUCGAAAAAGCUGAACAAGAAAGACAAGCUGCCGUUAUUAGAGCUGAAGGUGAAGCCGAAAGUGCUGAAUAUAUUUCAAAGGCAUUGGAUAAAGCUGGUGACGGGUUAUUAUUAAUUAGAAGAUUAGAGGCCUCCAAGGAAAUUGCAGCAACUCUAUCGCAAUCAUCUAAUGUUACAUAUUUGCCUAACGGUCAUGGGAAUGCUCGUGGAGGUAGUGAUGGCACUCCAAAUACAUUAUUGCUAAAUCUAGGAAGGUAA